UAAGGCACUUAGACCAUGGAAACCAGGUUAACGGUAACGUCACAAUUUAUUAGUGAUGGCCAUGAUAUGGGGUACGAAGGGGAAAGGCUAGAGAAAUAUGUGAAGGAACGGAAAGCUGAAUAUGAUAGAGAUAAGGAAGUCGCGAAGGCAGAGGAAGAGGCUAGGUUUGAGCGGCAGGAGAAGUUGAAGAAAGAGGCGAAGGCAGAAGAAGAGGCUAGAAAGAAAGAGGCGAAGGCAGAAGAAGAGGCUAGGAAGAAAGAGGAAGAAGAGAGAUUUGAACGUGAUGAGAAGGCCAAACGCGAGGAGCACGAAAGAUGGAAGGAAAGAGAUGCCAAGGAGUCAAUCAAGAGGAAAGAGGAGUUGGAACUGGCUAGGCUUAAAGAAAAGUCUGCGCCAGAGGCAGGCGGGGCGGCAGGACAGUCAGGGGAUGUGCGAUACAAGAAUGUCUUAGACAGGCUUGACAAGAGUUUCCAGGGAAUGAAAGAUGACGACGACCUCCUAGCUUACCUAACACACUUUGAGGCCGUUGCAGCAAGGUGCAAAAUAGAGAGAAAAGAGUGGUCCUUGCUGUUGUCAUAUAAACUGACCACCGCACUCAGAAACUUCAUGCUAAGGGACAGUCUGUUCCUUAGCGAGAAUUAUGAAGAAGUCAAGACUGCACUUCUUCGCCAUGCAGAUAUCAACGCGGAAACCUGCCGCAAAAGAUUCCAUCUCGUGAGACCAAGUCAAAACGACUUUAGGAGAUAUGUAACAGAAUUGAGAACAGCAUUAGACAAUUGGUGCAAGAUGGCCGAAGUCGGUAAAACAGUGGAGGAGUUAAAAGACCUGUUGAUCAAAGAUAGGAUCUUAGAAAGUGUUUCGAGUGACAUAUACAGGCAACUAGUUUUGAGCAAGCACAGAACAGUAGAUAAUAUGCUAGAAGUUAUAGAAGGAUUUAAGGUAGCUGGUUCUGAUGUGUCUAUUUGUAAGGAAGAAAGUGCGUAUGUUGCGGCAGCGUGUCGUGAGCCUGUGAGAAAUAGAAGUCCAGGGAUUGAGAGUAACUUAAUUAUUUGUUUUAAGUGCAAGAGGGGAGGCCACAAAGCGUCAGAAUGCCCUCAACGUUCGCAACUUAACUCUAGUCCUGCUUCUGAUGUUAGAUAUAGGAACACACCCACAAUCUCCACUAACACACAAAGGCCCAGUAGAAAUGCAUCACAAGGUCGCUACCAAAGGCAGUUUGAUGGUAACGGUCGAAGAAUCCGCGGCAAUAGUGUUGGGAGACAAAGUUAUGCUACAUACGAGAAUUCUUACAAUAACAGGCACAGUAGAACGGGUGGUACUUGGGCAUACCAAAACAGAGAUCAAGGCCCAGGAGGUUCUUAUAGAUGACUGAGUGGUCCUCACAAUAUUCAAAAUUGUGGAAAUUGUACUUUAGGGAAAGGAGAUGAGUAUUUUUCCCCCUGUAAGAGAAAAACUUUUUCAUAU